AUGUGGUCGGUGAAGACGGCGGCCGUCGUGGCGCUGGUGCUAUGGAUUGUCGUGCUGUUGUACCUCUCGCAAAGCCUCUUCACACUACAGGGGCGAUCAGAAAGCUAUGCAGAUUCGUCAGCCGUCUCCUCGCGCCUUGACGAGGCCCUCUCCAACAUCAGAGAGCUGCGAGACCAAAAUGAGCGGCUCCAGCAGAUGAUCCAGCAAGAGCGCAAUGAGCGGGAGCGCAUCCAAGAGUUGAAACGGAGAGCGUCGGGCCGAGGUGAGAAGCUGCAGAUCAAGGAAAGCCGUGAAGCCAAGGAGAAUAACCAACAAAUGGUGGUCCCAAAACCGCUGGAGCCGGACGCCUUCGGGCCUGGGCGACAAUUUGAAGAGGUACGUCGUGGGGUCGACCAGCGCAUCUGGGAGAUGUUCUACUACUUGCGGAAGGAGUUCAAGGACAACAAGGACUCUGAUGUCUUCAAGAAUCACACCCUGGAACAGAUGACGUCUCUACUCGCCCAUUCCUACAACCUCAGCGAUGUGUAUGCCGAGUGGAGAAGCAAGUCGCUGCUCGGGCUCACUGAGAAGAUCCAGAAGCGUAUCGACGAGAUCCAGAAUCCGCCCGACUGCAAGAGGGCCAAUAUCCUCGUGUGCAACCUGGACAAGCAGUGCGGCUUCGGCUGCCAGCUACACCACGUCGGCUAUUGCUUCGUGGUGGCGUUCGGCGAAUCGCGCACGCUGAUCCUCACCCAGAAUGGCAGAAUCUGGAGGUAUUCGAGGCAAGGCUGGUCCGGCGCGUUUCUGCCCGUCUCGAAGUGUACCGCCGAUGAGGCGUUGAACGGAGAGACCCCGCACGCCUUCCGUGGUUCCGCAGGAGUCCGAGUGGUCGAGCUCCCAAUCGUAGACGCACUCCAAGACCGCCCAGCCACGCUGCCCCUCUCCCUCCCGAAGCAGCUUGAGGACGAGAUGCUGAAACUCCACUCAAACCCGCCGCUCUAUUUCAUCAGCCAGUUCAUCUGGUAUUUGAUGCGCAACAACGUGGAGAUGGAUCGCGUGAUUGAGAGGGCCGUGGCGAAGGUGCCGUUUGGGAAAGGUCCUAUUGUCGGGAUUCAAGUUCGGCGAACAGAUAAGAUUGGCACGGAAGCGGCGUUUCAUUCGGUUGACGAAUAUAUGGAAUGGGUCGAGAUCUGGUUCCGUGUCCAGGAUAAGCGCGUCGGCAAGCCGGUGCCUCGCAAAGUGUUCGUCGCCUCGGAUGACCCUUCUGUGCUCGCGGAGACCAGGAAGAACUAUCCCCUUUACGAAGUGUUUGGCGACGCCGACAUUGCCGACACGGCCAAGUUGAACUCAAGAUAUACAGAUGCCUCGCUGUAUGGAGUGGUGACGGAUAUACAACUGCUCAGCCGCUGUGAUUACCUCGUCUGCACAUUUUCUAGUCAGGUCUGCCGCAUGGGCUACGAGCUGAUGCAGGUCCGGAAGCCCGACGGUGAAGCCUUCCACUCGCUCGACGAUGUCUACUACUACGGUGGGCAGCACGACCACGAGCAGGUGGCCAUCGAGGAUCAUGUGCCCGAGCGGGAUGCCGAGAUCGAGCUCAAGGUCGGCGACACGGUCGGCCUGGCCGGAAACCACUGGGACGGCUUCAGCAAGGGCACCAAUCGACGUACCCUGAAAGUCGGCCUAUACCCCAGCUACAAGGUCGUCGAGCGGUGGCGCGUCAUCGACUUCCCGGCCCUCAAU